GGAGACGGAGCGGAAAGCAGAGGAGCAUCUGAAGCAGGGGUCAGAAAAUGAAGCAGCACACAAGUCAGGGAGCCACAGCCGGCGCAAGCGCAGUAGCAGAGCCCGCCUCGCCCGCCCGCGCCGCUAUGCCCCGCCCGCUGCUUGAGAAGGGGAGCGCCCGGCCCAGGUGCACAAGACCCGCGCGCCCCGCUGCAACCGGCUCUGGCAGCAGUAGCAGCAGCAGGCGCCGCCUCGGCAGGUCUUCACAAAAAGAUGGGGUGCCAGGGACUUACCAAUUUUGGGAACCAGCUGCUUCGCCGGAAAGUUGUGGAUUGUACCAGGGAAGAGAGCAGGCUCUCGCGAUGCCUCAAUACCUUUGAUUUGGUUGCUCUGGGUGUAGGUAGUACACUUGGGGCAGGUGUCUAUGUCCUGGCUGGAGCUGUGGCACGUGAAAAUGCAGGACCUGCGAUUGUCAUCUCCUUCUUGAUUGCUGCAUUGGCAUCUGUAUUGGCUGGACUGUGUUAUGGAGAAUUUGGUGCUAGAGUUCCAAGGACUGGAUCUGCUUAUCUCUAUAGCUAUGUGACUGUUGGUGAACUAUGGGCAUUCAUCACUGGGUGGAAUUUAAUUCUUUCUUAUGUCAUUGGGACAUCAAGUGUGGCCAGAGCCUGGAGUGCAACAUUUGAUGAAAUCAUAGGGAAGCACAUUGAGCAGUUCUGCCAAGCCUACCUGACUAUGGAUGCUCCUGGGGUGCUAGCAAAAUACCCCGAUGUCUUUGCUGUUCUCAUCAUCCUCAUUCUAACAGGUCUCUUAACUUUUGGUGUGAAGGAAUCAGCACUAGUGAACAAAGUAUUCACCUGUAUCAAUAUCCUCGUCCUCUGUUUCGUCAUGGUGUCGGGUUUUGUGAAGGGAUCCAUCAAAAACUGGCAGCUCUCUGUGGAGGACAUCCGUAACAUGACUCUAGUCAAUCAUACCCAGUAUGGUGUGGGGGGGUUCAUGCCAUAUGGAUUCACCGGAGUCCUCUCGGGGGCAGCCACAUGCUUUUAUGCCUUUGUGGGAUUUGACUGCAUUGCCACCACAGGUGAGGAAGUGAAAAACCCUCAGAAAGCAAUUCCCAUUGGAAUUGUCUCAUCGCUCCUGAUCUGCUUUGUUGCUUACUUUGGUGUGUCAGCUGCUCUCACUCUUAUGAUGCCCUACUGCCAGCUCGAUACCAACAGUCCUUUACCCAAUGCAUUUAAAUAUGUGGGUUGGGAUGGUGCCAACUACGCAGUGGCCAUUGGUUCACUCUGUGCCCUUUCUACCAGUCUCCUUGGCUCCAUGUUUCCUAUGCCUCGAAUAAUUUAUGCUAUGGCAGAAGAUGGGCUACUGUUUAAAUCGUUGGCCAAAAUCGGCGAGACGAGAAAAACCCCAUUCAUAGCAACGUUAAUUUCAGGUGCUUUUGCAGCUAUCAUGGCCUUGCUCUUUGACCUGAAAGAUCUUGUGGAUCUUAUGUCUAUUGGGACCCUCCUGGCUUAUUCCUUAGUGGCAGCCUGCGUGUUGGUACUGAGGUAUCAGCCAAAGCAACCUAACCUGGCAUACCAGAUGGCUAGUACAACAGAUGAGCCAGACAACAACGAAUCUGUGAGCACCAGUGAUUCGCAAACCGGUUUUCUGCCUGAAGAGGAUGAGAAAUGUUCCAUUAAAGCCAUCCUGUGCCCCAAGAACACAGACCCCUCCAAACUCUCUGGGUCUGUGGUUAACUAUUUAGCUGGUGUCAUAGGUGUUCUUAUUGUCAGCUGCUGUGUGGUGACCGUCCUUUAUGAAAGGGCUGUGAUUGAAGAUAAAGUUUUGUUUGGUAUCAUCACGGCUGUUCUCCUUUUCCUUUGCUCCUGUGUUACAUACAUUAUACGACAACAACCUGAAAGCAAAACCAAGCUGUCAUUUAAAGUACCUCUUUUGCCUUUUCUUCCUAUUCUGAGUAUUUUUGUGAAUGUUUACCUCAUGAUGCAGCUGGAUAAGUGGACUUGGAUACGGUUUGCUGUCUGGAUGCUUGUAGGCUUCUUUAUUUACUUUGCAUAUGGAAUGCGGCACAGUGUGGAGGCUACAUAUUCGGCACCACCAGAGCCAGAAACAAGGAUGGACCUCAAUUCAGACAGCUGUAAAUGACGGCGAGUUCAGCUAAAGAAGAGCUGGACAGCUGCUGCAGAGAUGAAAGCUAUAUCUUGGGGACCCUGACCUAUUUCAUUUGGUUAAUCAGCGAGGCAGAAAUAAUGAAAAUUAAGGUGGGAUUCCCAGCCUUGCUUCUGCAUCAGUCAAUUUGUUUGACCUUAGCAACACAAGAAGGGAUCACAGGGAAAAAGCCAAGACUCUGGCAUAGUCCUGACCAACACUGUAACCUGAGCUGGGGACACCUUUUUUUUUUUUUCCUCCAUAACUGCGUAGAAAGAAAAGAGCCUCUGUGUGCCAGUUAAUCUUCUGUGCUGCUAUGAGACUAGGCCUUGUCAAGGUCCUUCCAUUUGCCCUAUGAAUUUACUCCCCAGGGACUCUGUGCAGAGCACAUGCUGCAAUGCUAAUGUCAUUCUUAGGACUGUGUUACACAGUAAGUUUAGACAGCUUCUGGAGCUCUUAACACCUGGACUGGCUUCGCAUUAACACCUUAUAAGUGGCUUAAAGCGCUUAUUAUUUGUCUUAGUUACACCACUCGGGGGCAGGAUUAUCUCCUAUCCACCUAGUUCCUGUUCUGUUACAGAGUGGCUGCUUCCCACAGCUAUUCCACCCAAGUUGAAUUUUUUCAAUAUCCCAAAAUGCAGCAGCUGCUUCUGACUCAGCGUGAGCUGAGAUGCUGGGCCACAGUACCUUAUCCUCUGGGGAUGUCAGGCAGAGCAAGCUGUGCAGUCCUGGAGCGCCUGGCGGCCACGGUGUUUCCCACCACCACCUGGAUUGGCUCUGCUCCCACCAGUGGUGACAGGUGCUGUCUAAGCUCUGGAGGAAAAGGGAUCGGACUCCUUGGAGCUCAGACAGCGCCCAGCUGGCUGGCAGCCCUGGAGCUCUCUGGUCACAGUGAAACUGACAGCUGCUCUGCCCCAAGACCUUAAGGCAUGAAAGCUGGGAUGCACCUUCAUAUCAUAGAGCUGUGGCAGCUCUGCACUGAGAGCAGGGCUGUCAGGGCUUAAGCCCAACAGCCCCACUCUUGGGGCAGAGCUGCUAUAUCAGUUUCAGUGAGACCAGAGAGCUGCUUCCCCAGGACUCUGGUCUUGCUGCAACUUACAUGGGGGUGGGCCUACUCUGUCCAGUGGGAACAGCGAGUGGGGUCCUGCUCCUCGUCUUGUGCCUGUUAACCGAACCUCUAGUGGUAAGUCAAAGCUGUGCAGGUGAAGAAUAGUCAGAGCAGGAUUUUUGCCUUACUGUGUGGCUGCUCCACUAUGCCAAACGGCACUAAGCCGAUUAACAUUUUUUUGGCUUGCAGCAUCAACUCUAACAAGAAUCAGAUUCUUCAUUCUGGUGAGGGGAGCUAUACCACAAAAAAGCCCCUCAUCAUAAAAUAAUUUCCCAUCUGUUUAAACAAUAGCUAAAAGGUUUACGUUUUUAAAGAAAAAUAUGAAGUUCCAUUUUUAUUUAUGUUGAGUUUCUGAGUUAGGUAGUCAUGCUUUCAAAUGUAACAUUGCUGUGAUAGUUUUGGAAGGUUUAUAUUAGCUGUUCUUAGACUAAUUCACUUUUCCAGUAUGCAAAUGGUACAAAUGGAAAUGAGACUUUUCAGCUAUAGCUGCUUAAAUCUUUUAAGUGUAAGUUUUCAAUGGCUUUUUGUGUGGGCAUUUCCAGAAAGCUUUUCCUACCUCUUAGUAUCAGAAAUAGUCAAAACAGGACUGAAAAGAGUUAGGGUUAUUAGGAGAAAUAUUUGAGAGUCUGCAUCGUAAAACAAGUAUGGACCAAUUUUCCCCUCUCAAACCAGUGUAACACCAAGUUAACUCCUUUGAAGGUAGUAAAAUUGCUCCUCUCUUAGGCCAGUUUAAAUUAGAGGAGAGUUCGGCCUUGAGAGACUUGAUGUUGACUUCAGUGUUCAAGUCCUUCAAAAAUGAUGCAGGAAAAAGUCUUUUUGUAUUCUAGGGAGAUGGUAUUCUUAGACUCUCACAACUUCUGACAUUUCUCCAAGGUAAGCUUAAUGUAGGAUCUGAAAUGUCCUGUUCUCUGUUUGCACUCAGUGGAGCAUAUAAUCUGCCCUGGGAAACAGAAUUAAGCUCUAAAACCUGGUCUACACGCAUUUAGUCUGGUAUAACCUCCAGUGUUGAUGUUUUUCUUUUAGUAUAAGUCACUUUUUUUUUUGUUUUGCAUAAAUCGCUCCCCAAAUGAGAGAGGCUAAAGUCAGGAGGGUGGAAGGAGUCAGAUAUGCUGGUAUGAGAGGCUAAGAAAGUCCAGAUGGGUGAGUUAUACCAGUGUAAUCUUAUCAGUUGAAGUUUGCACCUUAGCUACAUGCUAACAAUCUUUCCCACUUAGUUUUGCUUAUGAGAAAACAGAAGAUUUUCACCCCUAGGCAUUAUUUAAGUUGUGCAUCUGCCCUCCAUUAGCAUCUUGUCUAAGAGUGUUGCUACAUGUUACAAUCAUGUGUGCUAACUCUAAGGAAUAUUCAGAGAAGAUUUUGAAAUUUGGACCAUGGGGUCUAGACCCCCACCAGGCCCCAUCCCCUCACCCCCACCUGCUCUCCCAGCCCUGUCAAUGGCUGCUUUGCCUAGCCCCAGUGUCCUGGCACUUAAAAACAAACAAACAAACAAAAAACAAAAACCCCCAAACAAGCAAACAAAAAGCCCUGCACUCACCGGCUGCAGUAGCAGCUGUUGGGGCCUCUAGGGGCUUGUGGCAGAGCACCUCCCCCCUGUGCAGUGGAGGGCAGCAGGGGAUGGCCCCCCACCUGGAAGCAGCUCAUGAGUGUGGGACUUAGGGGGGGGGGAAAAAAAAUGCUGGGGCUGGGUGGGGCAGCCAUUGACAGGGCUGGGAGAGCGGGUGGGGGAUGGGGCCUGUUUGAUUCCAAGAUUCGGCCAGUUCAGCAGUGGCCAAAUCUCUGAAUCAGAUUCAGCCGAAUUGAUUCGGGACAGUGAUUCAAAUAGCUGAGUGGAAUCACUGCUCCCCUAAUUGCCUGAAUCUGAAGCAAAUACUAGCCACUUUGCACAGGCCUAGUUAGCACUCUGUCUAACUUGCCAUUAGAGGGCUGGCAAGCAAGGGUGUGGCUUGGAGCUGCCAAACUUACCCUGUGGUUGCCUGACUCCACCCCUCCCUCCAUGGCUCCCCACUCACCUGAUAGUCUGGGGCAGUGGAGUUCCAGAUGAUUGAUCAUCCACAUGCUGGUGGGGAGAGCAUUUGGAGCAGUGCAGCAUACCAAAUGACUAGGAUACUGAAGGACUUCAGAUUGCUGCAACACAAACUGCCUGACACCAGCUGAAGAUGAUCAUUGUCCUAAGAAAAUAAUCAUUGUCCUAAGUCCUACUUUAAGAUGCUCGGAGGGCACCUAGAUUGUCUUUCUUUGCCUUAACAUGCAGGCAUUUCUGUCUUAAGAGCACAUAACACAUGGGAAAGGUAAUAGCUAACAACACCUUAAGCUACUCACAAUCCUAACAACAUUCCUAGGAGGUACUAUUUGUUGUUUUAUAAAUGAGGAAAUAUGGUUCACUGUCUGAACUGCUUACCUAAGCUAUCCCAGGAUGUGUGUGGUGUGGCAGGAAUGGACCCAGUUCUCCCCAAAUCCACUGGUUAAUGGCCCAAGCUUCCUCCCUAAUUCCAAAUAUGGCUUACACUUUGUGCCAGCUCUGAACAGUGGUGAAUUUUACCAUUGGUCUUUUAGUAGGUACUAAAGGACACUGCUUAUGGUCCCCAGGUUCAAAAUUUAUUCCAUGCUGUUUCAGUAAGAACCUGAUGGAACACACGGCUCUUUUCAUUCUGCUCUAUGUGCAGUCUACAGUACAACAUAAAAGGUUGAGUUCUGAUCUUGGAUGCAUGGCAGAUCUCAACUCUUGAGUCUGUUUCCUUGCACAUGUUGAAAUUCCAGAAGUAUUCGCUCAAACAGGGGGAGAAAAUUGUCAAAAUCAAGAGCUACCAGGCAGUAGAGUAUUGUCCUAAAAGCAGAUGUACCCAAUACAUACCGCAAGCUCCUUUAAAGGCAUUGAUAUCAGGGAAAAAAAUCCUAUGGUACCAAAACCAGCUGCAAACUCUUUUUUCCAACUUCAGCACCUAUUCUAAAUAGUUGUUAAAUUUAGCAUUGCAUGAACAUUUGGAAAAGGGUAAGUGCUGACUGAAAGUGGGUUUCCAAGGAAAAGCUAUUUAAAUGUUAUGCAGAUUGCUUGGUGUAAAAUGUUUUGAUAAAUGUUAACUUAUUUUUUUACUUGUAUUUCCUACUUCCUUAGGGACCUGUUUGGUAUUUAUGUCCCAGUACUUUAUUACAGCUUCUUAGAUGCACAGUGCAGAAAAUACCAGCACUUAGAGGAAAGGGAAAUUUUGAUGGAUAUACUUUUCCUUUAAUUUUCUUUUCUGUGAAUUCAUAGGAGAAAAACAUUUCAAUAUACAUUGAUCAAUAUUACUUUACGUACACCCUGCCCAAAGUUCUCUACAUGCAUUUCACAAACUGAAAGACAAAGGUCCUAAAAUCUUUCUAGUAUAAUGAUGCUAAAUAAGUAACUGAUUUUCUUUCCUUGAAUGUCCUUCUGUAACACAGAACAGGGUUACUGUCAAUGAAGAAGACAGGCAAAUGUUGCUGUAAUCUUGUGAAGAAUACACCUGCAUUUCUUUGAGCAUUUUUUGUAAAUAGUUCACUAAUUAUUUUAUGUUUAUAGGACUGUUUUAUACAGAUGCCAGAGCAUUUUGCCGGAUAUAAAGAGAACAUAUAGAAAUCAUGCCUUUUGGGAUGCCUAGUGUAAGAAUAGAUCUCUCUUUCUUAAAACAAAAAAGGGUGGAUCUUUGUAGGCAGCAUCUUGCCUCAGGAAUUUCAUCCCUUUUUUAACAAUAUUCAGUCAUUUCCUGUUUCUUUGCCCCCUCAGUUGAAGAUACAUAGGUGCUUGAUUUGAGGUAUUUAACAUUUUCCGUGCCGGUCCUUAGUAGGUUAAAAUGGGCAAUGUUUAGGUUGGGUGAACUGCUUCUCACCAUGAUGGGCAAUUUCCUCAUAAUAUUUAUUAAGGGAAUAGAGCCAAUCAGCCUUUCGUGAUGGGGAAAUUCAUUUCAAAGACUGAUCUCUUUUUGAAAAGUUACAUGCUUGAAAUCAUUUCAGGUUUAAUUUAAAAAAAAGGCAAAUGAAAAACUUCACCUGCAGGUUUUGCAUCUCCAUUUUCUCUCUGUUCCCUUGCUGUGGAGAUCUUCAUGUGCGCGCCCAGGUGCCAGACUCUUCUUUUGGUUAAUUUCUAGUCUGUGUCAUCUCCCUUAGUGGUUCAUUUUUGUCUUUCAGUGGCUUGUGUUGAUCAGUCAGCUUUGGCUGGGAUUGUGGGAUUGUCUUCAGUUUUUAAAUUGUCUAUCUUUUUUGUUUGUGAAUAACCUCAAGCCCCACCAUUGCUGCGCAGCAAACUCCCAGAAUGUACUUGUUUUACGAGAAAGGCUUGUGGGGCGGAGGUACAUUUAGCCGGUUCUCAAAGUCGAUGCAGGUAUCAAGCCUUGGAGCUCCUGUGGAAGUUUGACUAGCUUUUCCACUAACUUAUUUGGCUCAAUUGAUUCUGAGGACUUAUGGUAUUUCCACAGGGUCCUUGCAUUGCUCUUGAGACUGCUGCCAACAAGCACUGUAUUUACAUGAUUCCAAGAUGAAUCGCUUGCCUAAUCAGGCUCUCCGCAUAGCUGCUCUCUGUAGCAUGGGUCAAGAGCAGGGGUGGGCAAAAUGCAGCCUGGGGGCUGGAUGCGGCCCACCAGGCCAAUCUAUCCAGUCCGCGGGACCCCUAAAAAAAAUUUAGAAAAUUAAUAUUAAUCUGCCCUGGGCUGCCUGUCAUGCGGCCCUCGAUGGCUUGCCAAAACUCAGUAAGCGGCCCUCCGCCUGAAAUAAUUGCCCGAUCCUGGGCAAGAGCAAGUCAAGGGUGGCUUUGAGGCUUCCCUUGAAUCCAGAUCAGCAGCAAGGGGUAAGUAUAAACAUGUGCUUAGACUCAGUAGCAAAGGCCUAGUCUGGCUUGUGUAGGCAUAUCUCAGCUAUCUUCAGCUUGCCAUGUAGUGCAGCAGCAUGAAAAUCAGUGCAAGCAAAUGUUUUUGUGCAGGGUCUUGGCUGGGUGUUGCAGCCCCCAUUGAGCUCUAUGCCACUGCAGCUAUGUUAGGAUCCACACCAAAUGUUGUUUGUUUUUUUUUUAAAGCCAGGUUGGUUGCGUCUGCAUGAGCCAGUUGCAGCUUGGCUUGCUCUGUAGACAGAUCCUUUGGAUGGGGCUCCCAUGAAGAUCAGUCUGAUCCAUUGACUUCAAUGCAAGCAGGCUUAGGCCAUAAUGAAAAUGCUGCUAUCAACAGUUAGUGGACUGAAGUUGGAAAAUGGCUUUAGUGCUUUGUUUUCCUGUCUCUUGUGAUAAAUCUAAACAGAUUAGUGUGGGAUAGUUUCAACUUUAUCUGGCAAAUGCUUACAGUGAUCACUUUUUACUCUCCAUCCAAACUAGAUUCUAAAGAAAUGCAUUAAUAAUACAAAUGUGCAGGAGUAAGUUAAUCAUACAUGGUUACAUUGCUCCUGUAGACAACUAGCUUCCUUCUCUUUCCCUUUCAACUCUGUUAACAGAAAGAGACAUAGAGCAAUUUUGGUUAUACUUUGUAAAAUCAGCUUCUACAGCAGUUAGGUUUUUUAGAUGUAACAGUUCAAAUUGAUGUUCGUGAAUUCCUGCAAGUACAAGAAUCUCUGACCAUAAACACUGAAAAUGGAGAGUUGGAAAUGAAUGUUUGGUAUCAUCUUCGGCCUUUCAUGCAGAAGGUUUCAUUGUAAUCUCUUGCAUUGAUUUCAAAACCAGUGUUCAAGCAUUCUUCUGUUUUAACAGAAUGGCUGUUAUCCCUUCUCAUACCAAGAGCAUCCUUUUGUUUCUUCAUCCUCGAACUUGAUUAUUGGAUGUAAGUUUACAGAGAAGUUUCAAUUAACUGUCUUAGCCAAAAAUGCACUUAGUGUUUAAGGAUUGAAAAAAUACUUGGCAGAUGUGCGCUUCCUGACCAUACCUGUGCUGCAGGCCCCAGAAUAUCCUCUUGACAACUCAUCGAGUCCUCCUUCCUUCAGGAUUCCAGUUCAUGGCUUACUCUCCGCAUUGAAGCCAAAGCUUCUGGUAGAUGCAGUUUCAGGGGUCAGUAAGUGCAAUAGGUCACCUCCUUUUCCUCCCUCUCCUUAAAUUCACAUCAAAUGGCACUUCACUAGCCUGGAAACUGCUGUUUGGUACAUCAUUCACGUGGCAUGCAAUUCACCCCUGUGGACAGGUCCCCAAGCAAAGCCCUAGGUACCCCUUUUGCCUUAUGUUAAGGUUUUAAGGGGCCUUAUGUUAAGGUUUUAUGAUGCAUAGGCUCUUGUGCAGGGGUGAAGUUUGCCUUUUGCUGUAGAUGUUGUUUAACAUUUGUGUUUUUGUUGGCUGUCAUCAUUCUUGUGCUUGUACUUCAUUGGCAGCAUAGUCGAUGAAAUAUUACUAGCACUGAUGUGCAGUAGGAAGCUGCAUAGCUGCAGUCUAUUUUUCUAAUGCAUUUACCUAUGAAUUCUAACCCCUAUAAAGGCAGAAUUGUGUACAAAGAAUGUAUAUUUUUGUGCGUAUUUGAGUUGACAUAGUGUGGAAUAAAAAUCGGCCCAUUUCAGAUCGGGGAUGUUUGGGUUGAAGUCACUCUAUUGAGGUGGACAGGGACUUUUACCAAAAUGAGUAGUGGAUUUUUAAAAAAUGAAAUGUUUAUUGACAAGAAUGUAUAAGAAGCCAUGUUUGUACAGUAUUUCAUUGCUGUUAUUAGGAUGACUGAUGGAAUUUUGAUGGUCAACUGGUAUAUUGAGGGGUAGGUAACUCACUGCUUUCCUGAAGUAUGAGAUUUGGAAAAUAAUUUCAUCUACAGAUGUAUUGGACUUCCAGGUAAUAUCUUGGAAGAGACGCAUGAAAUGCGUGUUUUUGGAAUUUUUUUUUUUAAGCUACUUACCUACUAACAGUAGAAGCAUGAAAAUAUGGUAUUUAUUAAUAUGGUAUGUCUGGUUACUGUAUUAAUGUAUUAAUGCAUUAAUGUAUUAAUACUAUGAAAAUAUGGCUGAUUAUUAAGCUGGAAACCAAAUGACAUAAGAGCAUGUUUAUUAUAAAACUCUAGACCUCAGUUUUCUCAGGGUAUGUACUCUUGGCCUAUGUUCCAAGAACCAAGAUCAGUCCAAGACAUUCGGCUCUAAUCAGUGAGGCAUCUUUUCCCCUUGAUGACUUACAAUAAGUCUUUGGCAUCAUAACACCUGUUUUCCAGCUAACAGGAUGACAAUGGCAUGUGUUAAGUGAAGUUUUCUUUGUUUUUUGUUGUUGUGCUUUUCAGCUUUGGUUGGGUUGAGGAGCACAAAGAUGGAUGAAAACAUUGAACUAAUUUGUAUAUUGCGAACCUAUUGUGAAUUUACUUUGUUUAUUCGGUAAAGUUUCUUUUACUGACCAAGAAGCCAUGGAAGGGUUUGUGUAUUUUUUUUUUAAGCAAAAUGUAUAUAGCUUUGUUGGUUUAAUGUUCUAUUUUCCUAAUGAUUUCCUAAUUCUUACAUUUGUAUUUGUACAGUCCUAGGGCUUGUCCCAGGAACCUAGUUUUCUCUCUUUGGGGAUGUUUUCUUUCUUGUCUCUGUAUACUUUUAAUAGACUAUAGCCUUAAGUUUUCAAAAUGUGAAACUUGUGCCCAGAGCACAGCAUGGGCACACACAGAUGCUUUACAUCAGACGACACUGUAAAUAUUUCUCCCCUGGACUGUGCCUUUUGAUUUUGGAAAUCAGCUUGUAGCUAUGUGGUACAACAUUAAAAUUUGUCCUAAAAUUUAAAUAAAUUAUGUCUACUGUUUCACCCUU